AUGGGCCAUGACAACUACCACCCAACUGACCUGGUAAACACAAGCAUCUGUAGCCUACACUAUGGACAAUUACCUGUCGCUGCGGUCCGCAGCGUCACCCAGACGUUUCAAGUCAAAUUGAAUUCUCAUGCUACCCUUUCCGAAAUCUCACAAGCGAUCCAAUUAGACCCCAACAGCACGGAGUCUACCGGGUCAAUUGCCAAUGCUAAUCAGCCGGCCAACCUCACCACGUCCGCUUCAAAUUGCUCUCUUGAUGAUGUGGACGUGGCUCAAAAAUUUACCUUUGAUGCCGAGAAGCCAGGCGAAAAGUACCCUAGCGUCUUGAGUGGAUGCUCCAACGCAGAAAACAAGGAGGUUGCUAACAACAAGCCCGAGAAGAACAUUGAAAAGAAGCAAGUAGUCAUGCUCAUCACCAAGGCUUGA